AUGGGCAGAUUUGAAUAUUCUCUAUCUCUUUCUUUGUUUCUGCCAUCUAGCACACUGGCCAUUGAGCAGAUGCGUCAAUCUGGGGUCUUCAUCACAACCAGUGACUCUGCUCUUCUUGGGCUGCUGUCCAGCUUGGAAGGUCGCAACUAUGAGGCUAUUAAAAAAUUGAUAAAGCCAGCCAACCUGUCCCCGUCACUAAAGCCAUAA